AUGCCGACCCACGAACAGGAGCAGGAGCUCUCCCACUUGCUCCUCAUCGAACUUCUCGCAUACCAAUUCGCCUCCCCUGUCAGAUGGAUUGAAACCCAGGAUGUCAUCCUUAGCGAGCAACGAGCCGAGAGAAUCGUUGAAGUCGGCCCAGCAGACACACUAGCUGGUAUGGCCCGACGGACCCUAGCCGCAAAAUAUGAAGCAUACGAUGCUGCCUUAUCGCUGCAGCGCCAGGUUCUCAGCUACAACAAAGAUGGCAAAGAAAUCUACUACCAGGCCGAACCAGAGGCCGAAGAACCAGAACCAACUGCCGCUUCUUCGGCGCCAGCUGCUUCUUCCUCUUCUUCAUCAGCUGCGCCAACUGCUGCUGCUGUUGCCGCCCCUCCACCACCAUCUGCAGGUCCAGCUGCUUCCGUCCCAGAUGCUCCGGUUUCAGCUACAGACGUUGUACGAAGCUUGAUUGCUCAGAAGCUCAAGAAAGGUCUCUCGGAUAUCCCUCUCUCCAAAGCCAUCAAAGACUUGGUUGGAGGUAAAUCGACACUACAAAAUGAAAUUCUUGGUGACCUGCAGAAGGAGUUCGGUUCGACACCCGAAAAGCCAGAAGAUACCCCUCUAGACGAACUCGGUGCAGCAAUGCAGGCCACAUUCAACGGCCAGCUUGGAAAGCACAGUUCUUCCCUUAUUGCCCGCAUGAUCAGUUCCAAGAUGCCUGGUGGUUUCAACAUGACAUCUGCCAGAAAAUACCUGGAAACAAGGUGGGGACUUGGUCCUGGUCGACAAGAUGGUGUUCUAUUGAUGGCCAUCACCGCAGAACCUGCUGCUAGAUUGGGAUCUGAUAACGAUGCCAAAGCGUUCUUCGACGACAUCACACAGAAAUAUGCCGCAGCAUCUGGUGUAUCACUAUCCUCGCCUGCUGCGGGAGGUGCUGCCGCCGCUGGUGCCGGCAUGAUGGUUGACUCUGCUGCACUCGAUGCCCUUACAAAGGAUCAAAAGGCUUUGUUCAAACAACAGCUCGAGAUCCUAGCCAGGUACCUCAAGAUGGACCUCACAGCCGGUGACAAGGCUCACAUCGGUUCGAAAGAGUCCCAGGCCGUCUUACAGGCCCAACUCGAUCUCUGGAAUGCUGAACACGGUGAUUACUACGCUGAAGGCAUUGCUCCGAUAUUCUCCAGCCUGAAAGCCCGCGUUUACGACUCCUCGUGGAAUUGGGUCCGCCAGGACGCUCUCACAAUGUACUACGAUGUUGUUUUCGGCAGGCUCAAGCUCGUUGAUCGUGACAUUGUCAGCCACUGCAUCCGAAUCAUGAACAGAAGCAAUCCCACAUUGUUGGAAUUCAUGCAGUACAAUAUUGACCAUACCCCAACAGAGCGCGGUGAGACCUAUAAACUUGCCAAAGAACUAGCCGGUCAGCUCCUUAGCAACUGUAUCGAAGCUCUAAACGCCAACCCGGUCUACAAGGAUGUCGACUAUCCAACUGGCCCACAGACCACGAUCGACAACCAGGGAAAUCUAUCCUACGCCGAAGUCACACGACCUUCAGUCCGAAAAUUGGAGCACUACGUCAAGGAGAUGGCCGCGGGAGGAAAGGUUUCAGAAUACGGCAACAAGACAAAGGUUCAGCAAGACCUGCAGAAGGUUUAUAAGAUAAUCCGUCAGCAGCACAAGCUUUCCAAGACCGACCAACUUCAAAUCAAGCAACUCUAUUCCAACGUUUAUAGGGCUUUGGCGAUGAACGAGGGUCAGCUGUUCAACGAUAAAAAGACAAAGAAGGGCGCCAGAAGCAUCGCUGCUGCCGUUGGAAAGAGCGGUGACGCAAAGAUGCGAAGCAUUCCUUUCUUGCAUUUGAAGAGCAGAUCCGGUCAGGAAUGGGGCUACAGCAAGAAACUGACUGGUGUCUACCUCGAUACAUUGGAGAAGGCCGCGGUCAACGGUAUAUCUUUCGCUGGCAGAAAUGUCUUGAUUACUGGUGCCGGUGCCGGUUCCAUCGGUUCUCGGGUCCUUGAGGGAUUGCUUUCCGGUGGUGCCCGCGUCAUUGUUACGACCAGCCGCUUCUCCCGUGAGACUACUGAAUACUACCAGGCAACCUACUCUAGAUACGGAGCCAAGGGAUCCUGUCUCGUUGUUGUUCCAUUUAACCAGGGUAGCAAGCAAGAUAUUGAAGCCUUGGUUAACUACAUCUACGACGCCAAGAAGGGCCUCGGCUGGGAUCUCGAUCAUAUCAUCCCAUUCGCUGCCAUUCCAGAAAAUGGCCGUGAAAUUGAUGGUAUUGACUCUAAAUCCGAGCUUGCUCACCGUAUCGAAUUGACCAACGUUAUCCGUCUCAUCGGUGCUGUCAAGGCCCAGAAGCACGCAGCUGGCAUUCAAACCAGACCCGCUCAGGUCGUUCUUCCGUUGUCUCCCAACCAUGGUACCUUCGGUAAUGAUGGUCUCUACUCUGAAUCCAAGUUGGGUCUUGAGACUCUUUUCAACAGAUGGCAUUCUGAAUCCUGGGCCAGCUACCUUACUAUCUGCGGUGCCGUCAUUGGCUGGACCCGUGGAACUGGUCUUAUGAACAUGAACAACAUUACCGCUGAAGCUGUUGAGAAGCUCGGUGUUCGUACUUUCUCUGGCCAAGAGAUGGCUUUCAAUCUUUUGGGAUUGAUGGCACCAACUAUCGUCAACCUUUGCCAAGUCGAGCCCGUCUUCGCCGAUCUCAACGGUGCUCUUCACUUCUUGCCCAACUUGAAGGAUAUCAUGAGCUCUCGUCGCGCUGAGAUCAUGGCCACUUCUGAAGUUCGACAGGCUGUUACUCGUGAGACUUCCAUCGAACACAAAGUCAUAAACGGCGAUGGCUCUGCUGAGCUUUACAAGAAGAUCACUGUUGCUCCUCGUGCCAACAUGAAGUUCGAGUUCCCUGAGCUUCCAGAGUACAAGUCGCUCGAGCCCCUCGCCCAAGAUCUCCGUGGCAUGGUUGACCUUGAAAAGGUCGUCGUCGUCACUGGUUUCGCUGAAAUUGGACCAUGGGGUAACUCGAGAACUCGUUGGGAAAUGGAAGCUUACGGAAAGUUCUCCUUGGAGGGAUGCGUCGAGAUGGCCUGGAUCAUGGGUCUCAUCAAGAAUCACAACGGUCCCUUGAAGGGCAAGCACUACUCCGGGUGGGUUGACUCCAAGACGAGCGAGCCAGUCGACGACAAGGACAUCAAGGCGAAAUACGAGUCACAGAUUUUGGAGCACUCCGGUAUCCGUUUGAUUGAGCCAGAGCUUUUCGGAGGGUACGAUCCAAACAAGAAGGAGAUUCUCCAAGAAAUCGUUAUCCAGGAGGAUCUCGAUCCCUUUGAGGCUUCUAAGGAGACAGCUGAAGAAUUCCGACGACGACACAAUGAGUUCGUUGAGACAUUCGAGAUUGUUGAGACCGGAGAAUGGACCAUCCGCAUCAAGAAGGGUGCUACCCUGCUCGUCCCCAAGGCUCUCAAGUUCGACCGAUUGGUCGCUGGUCAGAUCCCAGCUGGCUGGAAUGCUAAGCAAUACGGUAUCCCCGAUGAUAUUAUUGGCCAAGUCGACCGUGUCACUCUCUAUCUUCUCGUCUGUGUGGUUGAGGGUCUCUUGAGCUCUGGUAUCACCGAUCCUUACGAAUUCUACAAGUAUGUCCAUGUUUCUGAACUCGGCAACUGUGUCGGAUCUGGUGUCGGUGGUGUCAAUGCCCUCAAAGCGAUGUACAAAGAUAGAUGGGCCGACAAGCCAGUCCAAAAGGACAUUCUCCAAGAGUCCUUUAUCAAUACCAUGAGUGCUUGGGUCAACAUGUUGCUCCUUUCUUCCUCUGGUCCUAUCAAAUCGCCAUCAGGUGCUUGUGCUACCGCCAUUGAAUCAGUUGACAUUGGUUAUGAUACCAUCGUCAGCGGAAAGGCCAAGUGCGUCCUCGUUGGUGGUUUCGAUGACUUCCAGGAAGAAGCCUCAUACGAAUUCGCAAACAUGAAGGCUACCAGCAACGCCGAAGAGGAGUUCGCGCACGGUAGAACACCUGGAGAGAUGUCUAGACCAACUACUACCACUCGUGCCGGUUUCAUGGAAGCCCAAGGUUGCGGUAUUCAGGUCUUGAUGAGCGCCAAAUUAGCAUUGGAGAUGGGUGUUCCCAUCUAUAGUAUUGUCGCUUUGACUGCCACCGCUACUGACAAGACUGGCCGCAGCAUUCCCGCUCCUGGUCGUGGUAUCAUGACCACUGCUCGUGAAACCGCAAGCCGCUUCCCGUCGCCGCUUCUUGAUAUCAAGUACAGGAAGAGGCAGCUCGAAGCCCGCAAGCAGCAGAUCAAGUCGUGGACCGAAGCCGAGAUCAUGUACUUGCAAGAUGAGGUCGCCGCUCUCAAGGCAUCCGGUGAGCUUGAAGGUAUUGCCGAGCGAGAGUAUGUGGAUGACCGUGCUAAGCACAUUGAACGCGAGGCCAAGCGUCAAGAGUCCGAGGCUCUUAACUCUUGGGGUAAUGAGUUCUGGAAGAACGAUCCCAAGAUUGCUCCUCUCCGUGGUGCCUUAGCCACUUGGGGUCUUACCAUCGAUGACCUCGAUGUCGCUAGUUUGCACGGAACCUCCACCGUUGCCAACGACAAGAAUGAGUCCAAGUCGCUCAAUGAUAUGCUCGGCCACUUGGGUAGAUCGAAGGGUAACGCUUUGCUCGUUGUUUGUCAGAAGUUCCUUACUGGUCAUCCCAAGGGUGCAGCCGGUGCAUGGAUGAUGAACGGUGCUAUUCAGGUCCUCAAUUCCGGUCUCGUCCCCGGCAACAGAAACGCAGACAAUGUGGACAAGGUCUUCGAGCAGUUUUCAUACCUCCUUUUCCCCAGCCGUUCCCUCCAGACAGAUGGUAUCAAAGCUUUCUCGGUCACUUCGUUCGGCUUCGGACAGAAGGGUGCUCAAGCUGUCGGUAUCCAUCCCAAAUACCUCUUCGCCACUCUUGACGAGCAAACAUACGAGAUCUACAAGGCCAAGGUGGAUGCGCGCCACAAGAAGGCAUACCGAUACUUCCACUCUUCGCUUUGCAAUAACAAUAUGUUUGUUGCCAAGAAUAGCGCUCCGUAUACCCCUGAGUUGGAGACAUCAGUCUACCUCGAUCCUCUUGCCAGAGUUACACCUGACAAGAAGAACGGAUCUUACAGUUUCUCGGACCGACCGCCAAAGAAGGCCGCUGACCCUGAUGACACUAGGAAAGUUGUCGAACAGUUGGCUUUGGCGAGCGUGAAGGGGAGCAAUAGUAAGAUUGGAGUAGACGUUGAGUUGUUAUCUUCGAUCAAUAUUGAGAAUGAGAAUUUCAUUGAGAGGAACUUCACAAAGGGAGAGCAGGAGUAUUGCCGACAGGCCCCUAAUCCACAAGCCAGCUUUGCGGGUAGGUGGAGUGCCAAGGAGGCAGUUUGGAAGACCUUGGGGGUUGAAAGCAAAGGUGCUGGGGCGCCUUUGGUAGAGAUUGAAAUUGAGAGGGAUGAGAAGGGUGCGCCAGUUGUUAAGCUCCAUGGAGAUGCAUUGGCAGCAGCAGAGAAGAAUGGAAUCAAGGACGUCCAGGUGACAAUCAGCCAUAGCGAUGUUCAAGCGAUUGCAGUUGCAGUGUCUACUUUUUAA